CAUCACAUCGCCAUUAAAAUAACUCGACCACUCACAAGUACCCUGUAUAGCAUCAGAUCUGCCUUCUUUCUCAUUCAUGAUUUGAUUCUUAUCCACCAAAAACCCAGGUUUUCUUCUGUCGUCUGCUUAAUCCAACACAUUUCAAUGGCUGCCUCUGCUUUUUGUGCUUACUAUCUUGUAACUCGUCCUUCUUCUUCAAUGCUAUCUUCCUCAUCCACUUCCCAUCAACACCUUAAACGUUCAUCUGCUUUAUCUUUUCGGGUCCCCAAAACCCGAUCUCGUUUGCGGGUCGUAUCUAUGCGCCACGAAUCCAAAGUUUCAGAAGUAACAGCAGAGUCAUGGAACACAUCGAUUUUGGAAAGUGAAACGCCAGUAAUGGUGGAGUUCUACACCAGUUGGUGCGGACCAUGCCAGAUGGUGCACCGAGUGACGGAUGAGAUUGCCACCGAUUAUGCCGGAAAGCUCAAGUGUGUUGCGAUCAAUGUGGACCAGGAACCCCGAGUUGCGGAGGAAUACAAUAUCAAGGCGGUGCCCAUCGUUCUGCUGUUCAAGAAUGGCCAGAAGCUUGAGUCAGUGGUUGGAACCAUGCCUAAAGAGUUCUUUGUGGCUGCCAUUGAAAGGGUCUUGGCUAGUUGAUACGCACCCCUUGACCCAUGGUCAGUUUGGGGAACCCAAACCAGCCCACCCCCCUUUGGAAGGUUUUAUCGUUUGUAAAGUUUAGUUAUGAGAUUUCCUUAUUACACAUCAUAUUUUGUACAUAAAUUAUGGUUCUAAUUUUUCAAAUUGAGUUGGAUAUUAUAUAAUGUGGUUUGAGUUUC